UGACCGUGCGCGACAGCAGGCAUGCUGGGCAUGCUCGCUGCUGAUUGCGGCGUGAAAAGCAAAUGAUUCACUGAUUGCGGCGUGAGCGGGCCUUGGACGUGAGAGGGUUGUUGGUUGUCGGUAUAUUGUAGGCGUUAUUCCAUAUAUAUGUUUUGUUAUCAGUUGCAUCGUGCAAUCUAUCAUAUUCAUUCCUUGUGUGUGCGCAUUUAGAGCCAUGAGGGGAGUGUGCCGUUGACUCCAAAUUCUCCCUUCACUGGAUAGCGUCUGUAGCGUCAUGGUCGUGCGUAUCUUAGACAAAAACUUGUGAACAGCACUGCAGGUGUCCUUAUAAAGAAGGAGUGGCGGCAUCAGAAAGAGCGCCCCUUCUUUACCAGUGCAUUUUGCCGUGUCUGUUCCAAUCUCCGACCGCGUAAACGAUGGAUGCUUCCAAAGGCUCGGAUACAACUCUCCUGGGCUCCCAGGACUCAGCCUCACCCCUGUCCAUGCAAAUGUCCAAUCACGUAAUUGAAAAAGGGUUGGACUUUGCGCAUGGUGAAGGUGCGAGAGCUGGGACGAAUGCACCGUCUUCGAAGCGAUCGCGCAGUCCCGUGGAUGAGCUUCCUUCCAAACAACUCCGUACUAAUCACGUAGAAAGUACCGCUGCUGAUUCGGCUACAUCGCCGCAUGAGAGUGUCGAGAAUGACGAAGAGGACGCGUACGAGGACAUGCUGUCUUCGACUACCUCGCGACCAGUGCUUACAUUUGAUAUUCUGGAUGAAGUUGAAGCGGGGCCUGGGGAAGACGAUGAAGAUUACAAUGGUUGUGAGCAGGGCAGUGAAAGUGACAUUUCAGACGAGGAGAUAGAAGCAAUGCUCGAGGCUGGACUUCAAAACAGAAAGCCUGAAGUUCAAGAAGAUGAGGAAAUUGCCCACGAAGUCAAAGAAAAAGUCAUACUCAAAGUCUGGGGCCAUGAUCAUUUCGAUCUUCUUCCUGAAGGCUGGAUACAGGUGACUCACAAUAGCGGCAUACCUGUUUACCUGCAUAAGCAGUCGAGAGUUUGUACGUUGUCCAAACCGUACUUUCUAGGACUGGGUAGUAUUAGGAAACAUGAAGUGCCCAUUUCUGCUAUUCCGUGCCUGCACUACAGGCGAGAAAAAGAGAAAGAACAAAACAACACUGCAACAAACGGUGUCGCCGAGGAAGAUGCAGGUUCUAUAGAAGCGAGGUCAAACCCUCCUAUAUGUGUGCCUGCUGCAAAAGUAGAAAGUGCGAAGGAGAGCCAGAAGGAGCGAUCGCUAGAUUUUCUUGCAGUGAGGGAGUACUGUGAAAAUCUGUUUGACUUCCAUACAGUUCAAGUGAAAAGAUUCAAGACAUGGGCUGGUCGGAGAAAACAUAAAAAAAAGAUGAGGCAGAUGCAGCGGCCUAUGUUGCCUGAAGGUACAAAACUCAUUACGUGUUCAUUGCCACCAACAUCUGAUACGAACCAGGUCUCCAGUGGCCAUUCAAAGCGAGAAUUUAUAAUGAACCCUAGUGGCAAGUCAAAUGUGUGCAUUCUCCAUGAGUAUGUACAACAUGCCAUGCGAACGCAACCGCAGUACACCUUUAAAGAAUUAGAAAGCUCAAGUAUGCCCUAUGGUGCUACCGUCGUUAUCAAUAACAUCGAGUAUGGAUCCGGAUUCGGUAGUAGCAAAAAGCAAGCAAAAUCGGAAGCCGCAAGGACGACGCUCGAGAUCCUCAUACCCCAGAUGAAAGACGUGAACACUAAAAAUGAAAAGCCAGAAGACUUCUUCCAAGAUGUUGCUUUCUUUGACGAAAUCCGAGUGGAGGACCCGAGAGUCAGUGACCUAUGUGCGAAGACAGGCCAGCUAUCUCCAUACCAAAUACUCUUGGAAUGUAUAAAGCGGAACUACGGAAUGGGAGACAUGGAAAUCAAACAGGAGAUGAAGAAUAUGAAGCACCAAAGGAAUGAGUUCAUCAUGUCAGUAGGAAAGCACACCACAAGUGUGAUCUGCCGGAACAAGCGUGAUGGCAAACAGAGAGCAUCUCAGGCUAUCCUUCAAGCUCUGCACCCACACAUAACAUCCUGGGGAUCACUCCUGAGGCUCUAUGGAAAAGGCUCGUGCAGGACUUUGAAGGAGAAAAAGGAAGAGGAGCAACGUAUCACCGAGCUGCAAAGUAAAGCUAGUGCCAAUAAGCCAAACCUCUGCAUCCUGAACAAGCUCAAGGAAGAAAUGGUGAAGCUCAAGGAGAGGCAGGAGGCAAUGAAACCCAUUGGUAAAUUCAUUCCAAAAGAAAUGGAACUUCCAUCAGCGUCAGCAUCAGACUUGAAGGUUGUGGAGUUGUGAUGCAUUGGUUCGUGAGAUAGAUGUCAUCAGUAGAAUGUGUGCCACCAUUUGUAGCGUCGUUGUAAGUUAUAUGUGUGCAUGUUCAUCCUUUGACAUCUGCUUAUCUCAGGGUACGCCAUUAGAUUUCUUUGUACGGUACCGAGUGUAGUGCAGGUCUCACAACGUUGAGCUGUAUUAGACUUUUACGAAACUUGCUUUUACACUUUUACGCACAGCACAUCAUUAGCGUUAGUAUGCUUUUUAAAAUUUGCAAAUAUGUUUUCAAAUUGAGGUCUUGAAGCUUGUGAAGUCGCAUCUAUCACGGUCACAUGUCCGGCAAUCACGUCAUCAGCAGGCAGGCACAGAUAAUCACAACACGUGGAGUAGAUAAGAGUCCUUUAAUUCUUGUGGUGUUGCCCAGAGGCUAUCUAAACCUUUAUCUUUUCUUUGCCCAAGAUUUUUGCCUUCCUCUUCGGACAACCUGCUCUCAAAACCCUGCUAGAUUGAAUUAGAGAAAAGCUGGCUGUACUUAUAUCCUUCUUCAGUGCAAGCACAGAUGUGAAUAGAGGUGGUGGUGGUGGUGGUGGUGUUAGUGGUGGUGGAAGGCUGAACAACCUGCCAAUUUUGGUGCGAGUUGUUAUCUACUUAUUUAUCACAAUACUGGAAAUACCCACAAGGGGGAGCUAUGUGAGAGGUAGGAGAACCAGCGGUUGAAAAGCCGAAAAGUCAGAUAGAGAAACAAGUGACAGGAAGGCCAUUCCAGUCAUAAUAGUGUAAGAGAGAGAGAGAGGGGGGAAAGAAAAGGUAAUGAAAGAGACUAUCUACUUUACGAGGAUGGUCUGUUUUAGAAGAGAUGCAGCGAGCCAAGGCUACGGACAGGGGGCAGAGAGAGAAAGGGAGAGAGGGGGUUAUAAUGACGCGCGAGGAAGAGGCAUAGGCGGCAAAGUUUUCUCCGAUGUGAGAGAACAUGUAAACAAAGCAUGUUCCGUAAUUUCACGCGUAUUAGCCGCGGCUUAUGCGUGAUUUUUUUUUUUCCCACGGGUGCUCUGCGGCUAAUCCAUCGGUGCGGCUCAUGUGAUGACUAUUUUUCCCUGGAAUUUUCCCCACAUGCCAGUUUUAACGAAAGCUCUGACAGUACCUCUGGAACAGCGCCGCCCUGCCAGUGCACGAACAAUGCAUAACAGGGGCACAUUCACAUUUGAGUAGACUGACCUUCCUGGUGUCUUCCCCCAUCCAGCUUUAAUGAAAGUGAUGACAAAGGUUCAUGCCCUCUGGAAGGCCACUGACCCUUCAAUCAAUGAAAAACAUACAACAAGGGCACCAUCCGAUCUUGGUAAAACAGUAGAACUGACCUCCUUUGUUGCACACCAUGCUGACCCCGGAAUAUGGACCACAGGGCUUAUGGCCAUCUCUAUGGUCUCCUUUGUCACACAAAUCAGUCGCAUCAUAUUGCCCGCGGCGCAUCUGCGAGUGCUGCUUAUCUGCCCGAAUAUUUUCAAAACGUACCUAAAGACGGCCCCAUGAUAGGCAAGCCUGAGCGAUGGGCAAGACACGUAAACAAACACAAACACGAAGGCUCAAAACCAGCAAGACUCCAUUCUGUCAACGACCUAAAAACGGGUCCUGUGGCUUAUGCGCGUGAAAUUACGGUAAGUGGGUGAGGAGGUAAGGAAAGUGAUGCUCGAGGGAUGCAGUCAGAUAAAAUAAAGCAAGUGCUAGUACAAUUUUGGUAGACUCCGGCAGAUUAUCUAGAUUAGCAUAGAUCCGUUACGAACUGAAUCAGAGACUAGCCUGAAUAAACGCACAUGAACAAGGUCUCACCCAGUCACCUAGUCUCGUGUUUUUUUUUGUUUUUUUUUUUGUUCCUUACGGGUCUAUGUCAUCAGCUCAUUUGCUUUUCAAUCAUUCCCUUAGAUUAGCAUGAUUAGGGUACCAGACGCUGGUGGCAGAUUCAGGUUUUGGGCCUGAUUAAGGUUAGCCGUACAAGAAGUUUGACAGAGGAGGACAGUAAUUUGUGUUUAUGACGGAGAUAACCAAGCUUUCAUUUAGCAUCACUUAGGACGGUGCAAAUACGUUUAGACGAAGAAAGAUCAGUGGAGAGAUGCAAUGUAGAGCACCAGUUAUGGAUAACAGUAAGUCAUGCUGAAGCACUGUUUGGAUAGAAGACCUUACAAGGUGAUAGACAAAACGAUCCCAACAAAACAAAAAGCCCAAUAUUGCAAGUGAUAAAAUUACGAAAAUCGUUAAUAAAGGUAAAAAAAUAGGAGGAGUCUAAGGAUGCAGCCUUGCAGGACAGCCAAAGGAAAGGAAGAAGGGAACCAUGCAUUCAGUCGUAUAGAAAGAUGGCUCAGAAUCCGACAAAAGACAUCAGGGCGAAGUUUAAAGGGUAAAGCUCGAAAUACACAACCGUCUGCAACAGAAAUCAACGAAUUGAUACUUAAAGAGUUUGUGGACAGCAUUGGAGCUACACACAUGUGAGCGGUGCAGUGACACAGACAGCUUCAUGUAUUGCACUUGCAUCAAAGAAAUCUCCAAAAGGGGGCUCUUCGGUAGGGGAAAAGUUGUAAAGUUACUAGGAAGAGCACAAUAAGAUGUAACGAGUCGAAUUAUGUAGUCCAUGCGCAUACAGGUUGGAGAGGGGACAAUCUUUGUUGCCAACAUCUUGAUCCGAAACAAAAGUUCAUGGAAGGUACAGCGGUCGUUAAGUGUGCUGAAACAGAACAAAUGCAAGUCAGAAUGUUGUGCGAACGGUGACACCUGUUUCUGUACAUGUCACGUUAAGGCCAGAGACUUCAGUCAUGUCUAAUGAUAAGAGAAAUAAAACUGUUUCAGAAUCAU